AUUUGAUAUUCACACACUAAAAGCCAACCCAUUUUAAGCUCUUCACUAAAAUCCUUCUCAAAAAAAUAGAAACCCUACAACCGCAAGUUCCUCAACCAUUUUUGUCUUGAAAAAAAAAUGUCGACAGACGAAAUUCCAUUUGCAUCUAGCAAAUUACAUCCGAGAAGUGACGAAGAGAUUGCCAUGUUCAAAGCACUAAAGAAGGAAAGAAGUGGUAAAUGUUUUGUUUAUGUUUUUGCAGGUAUUGUUAUCCAAUGCAUCAUCAUAUUAGUCCUUGCCGUAAUCGUGUUGCGUGUUAAAGUUCCUGAUGUUAAUUUGAGUUUGGUCACGGUGAAAAAUCUGAAGUAUAAUGGCACUGCAUCAUCAACUUCGUUUAGUGCCACCUUUGUUGCUGAGGUGACUAUUAAGAAUAAAAAUUUUGGUGGGUUCGAAUUCAAGAAUAGCACCUUGAGUGUGCUAUAUAGAGGCAUGGUUAUUGGUGAAAGAAAAAUAGGACAUGGGAGUGUCAAAGCUAGGGAGGGACAAGCGAUGAAUGUUACAGUGGAACUGAGGUCUAAUAGGUUACCGGAUUUAAACAAUCUUAGCAGUGAUAUUAAUUCAGGGAUGUUGAAGCUGAGUAGCUCUGCCAAGUUGAGUGGUACAGUGCACUUGGUGAAGAUUAUAAAGAAGAGGAGGAACACAGAAUUGAACUGCAUAAUGACACUAAAUUUGACAAGCCGUGCAGUCCAGGAUCUUCAAUGCCAAUAAUAUGAUUGUUUUGUGGGUUUUUUUUUUGUUUUUGUUUUGUUUUUUUCCAUUUUUUUUUUUAUGUAUAUAUUG